AUGGACGCGGAGAAGAAACGGGACGAGGAAGUGAGUGUUGACGACAUAUUGCAAAUAAUGGGACCGUUCGGCAAGUUCAACGUUUACAAUUACCUGUUGAUACUGUUCCCCGUGUUCCUUGCUGGCGUCUACUCGUCGGUGUUCAACUUCGAGGCGAUGGAUUUAAAGUACAGGUGCGCGGUGCCCGAGUGCGAUGACGACACGGCCGUCUCGAACUUCACGAUUCCUCAACACGAGGACGGGACGUACGCGAAGUGUGUUCGCUACGCCCCCUUCCCUAACGUCAGCGACUUCGUGAACGGAAGCAUCGGGCGUUGCUCGCCCCACUACUUCGACACCUCGUCGGUGAUCGAGUGCGAGUCCUACGUCUACUUGGAGGAGCAUUCGAUCGUUAAGGAGUUCAACCUCGCGUGCCAGGAUUGGAAGCGGUCUCUGGUCGGCACCGUCCACAACGCUGGCUUCUUCGUCUCGAUCCCCCUCACCGGGCUGCUGUCCGACAAGUUCGGGCGACGCGUAGCGCUAGUCUUUGCCUGCGUAGCGAGCGGCCUCUUCGGUGCAGCUAGAGCUCUGUCUACGAGCUACGACAUGUUCAUCGUACUGGAGUUCCUAGAGCCAGCGCUUGGUGGCGGAGUCUACACCGCGUGCUUUGUCCUGGCGUUAGAAUUGGUGGGCCCGAAGGGGCGCGUGUUCAUCAGUCUUCUGUUCAACACAAUGUUCAUCCUCGGCGGCGUCACCGUAACGCUUCUCUUCUGGUGGCUGCAGAACUGGAGGCAUCUCCUUCUCAUCAUCUACACGCCGGCCAUCUUCGUUUUCGUCUACAUUUGGAUGUUAACGGAAAGUUUCCGGUGGUACUUCAGCAAGGGCCGCUACGAGGAAGGUCUGAAAGUGCUCGCCAGGUCGGAGAAGAUGAACAACGUGACAGUCCCCAAAGAGCACUACGACCAAGUGGAAAAGCACGCGAUGAGGCAGCGAGACGCGAAGAAAUCUGAGAACAGGGAGACCAACCGCUCGUCUUUCAAACAGAUCCUGGCCUCGGCGAUGAUCUGGAAGAGGGUCUUCAUCUGCUCCUUCCUGUGGACUUCCUCUACGCUAGUCUACUACGGUCUAUCGAUAAACGCCAUUGAGCUCUCCGGCAAUAGUUAUCUUAACUAUAUCGUUGUGAUAAUCAUAGAAGCGCCUGCAAACGUCUGCAAACUAAUCUUCCUUGACCGAUUCGGCAGAAAAAGAGUCAUUGCGGUCGCCUUCAUUUUAACCGGACUAAUUUUGAUCAACUAUGGAUUCCUUCCUGCCGAUGGCGUCUGGUCUACGGCGUUCUACUUGGGGGGCAAGUUCUUCAUCACCCUGGCUUACAACUCACUUUACGUGUUCGCGGCCGAGGUGUUCCCAACGGACUACCGCACGACACUGCUGGCGGUGUGCUCGACCCUCGGCAAGAUCGGAUCUACAGUUGCGCCGCAAACGCCUUUGCUGGCCAAAUAUUACUUGUACUUGCCGACAAUACUCUUUGGCUGUAUGGCGGCCAUAUCCGGUUUCCUGGUGCUGACAUUACCGGAAACUAAUAACCAGAAGCUGCCGGACUCUUUGAAAGAAGCGCAAGAGCAAGACAGGAGAAAAGAGGGGAGGCGGAAACCAGAGGAGAGCACAGAGAUAAAGACUAAGCUA